AUGGGCAGCCGAGCCUGGCAGGGCGAAAACGGAGGCCGGGGGGUUAACCGUCUAGGCGGCUUCUGGCAGCAUCCAGUCCCCAAGCGGGCGGCGCUGCCCCUCUCGGGCAAGCGCAGGUCACCUGGUCGCGGGACUUUUGGGCUGGAAUUGAGCCCGCACGGCGCCUCCGUCCGUCCCUGCCCAGGACGCCCACCUCUGAGGGUACGUACCCCGGUACCUCCUCGCACCCUCUUGUGCGGCGCGCCCACGCUCACGCCCACGUCCACGCCCACGCCCCUCCGCCCACGCCCCACACCCCCUCGUGGCCCUUGCUUCUCCUUCCUUCCUUUGCUCGUUGGGCCCAGCAAAGCACAGGUAGCAUUGUACUCCGUACUCCGUACACCGCACCGGCGACUGACUGACUGA